AUGGCACGAAUAACUGCAUUGCUCUUUGCAAGCCUCUUUCUGAGCCCUCUAUCCGCCGCAUCUCCAACAAGAGCCAGUCCUCUCUUGGCCAGCCGACAAGACACCGACAAUGAAGGCCUCCACUCCCUCAUGCUCGCCGCCGGCAAGCUCUUCUUUGGCACCGCCACCGACGUUCGCUACCUCGACAACAAAGCACACCAAGCCAUCGUCCAAAACCCCAAUGAGUUCGGCAUGAUCGUCCCUGAGAACAGCCAGAAGUGGGGAGAACUGGAAAAGGAAGACAAAGGGAAAGUGGACUUUACGAAUACGGAUAUCAUUGCUGCGCAGGCGAAGGGGAAUGGGCAGUUGUUUAGGUGUCAUGUUUUGGUUUGGGGGGCUCAACUUCCCAGCUAUGUUACAUCUACGUCGUGGACCGAGAAAACACUAAGUGAUGUGCUCCAAGCCCACAUCACCACUACCGUCACCCACUUCGGCUCCCAAUGCUACUCCUGGGACGUAGUAUCCGAAGCCCUUUCCUCUUCUCCAGAUUCCAACACUCUAUCCACAACCUCCCUUUUCCAUCAAGUCCUAGGAGCCUCAUACAUCCCCUUCUCCUUCUACUGGACAUCUCUCGCCGCUGACCCUUCUUCAAAACUCUACUACAAUGACUUCAACCUCGAGCUUUCACCCUCCAAAGCGCAGGGUGCAGUGGACAUUGUCCACCUCAUCCGCAAUUACACUUCUCCCACUGGAGAAAAGAACAAAGCGCGUAUAGAUGGCAUAGGCCUGCAAUCCCACCUCUUCGUCUCCUCCGUCCCCUCUUUACCCUCCCUCACAUCAACCCUCGAACUCUUCACCAACCUCUCCCUAGAAGUGUCCUUCUCAGAACUCGACAUCUCCCACUCCUCUUUGUCCCCGUCCCCCAAUGCUACACAAAUCGAACAACAAGAGAAGGAUUACAUGACCGUCAUCUCAGCCUGCUUGGCCGUAAAAGGGUGCGUCGGGAUCACGGUGUGGGGGUUUAGUGAUAAAUACAGCUGGGUUAAGGAUGCGUUUCCUGGAAAGGGAGGGGGGUGUUUGUAUGAUGAGAACAUGAAAAACAAGGGGAGUUGGUUUGCUGUGGCGGAGGUGUUGAGGAGGGCGGGGGUGGUUAGGAGGGGGGCUGUUGCUGUUGAUGCGAGUUUGGAUGGGGAGGUGGCUGUGGCUGUUAAUUCUACUACUACGGUCGAAGGAGAAGGAGGAGGAGGAGGAGGACGAGAUCCGGAUGAGGCGGUUAGAAAGGCGGCGAGGAGUGGGGAGUUGAUGAGGGGGGUUAAUGGGACGGAGUUGAUGGUGGCUGCUGGUGAGGAAGUUGGAGAUGCGCAGGGGAAGGGGCAAGGGGUGGUGAAUGGGGCAAGGAGAUGGGUAGUUACGGGUUGGGGAGGAUGGGUGGUUGUGAUGGGUUGGGGUUUCUGGGGUUUCUGGGGCAUUCUUUCUUCCUGA